AUGGAGGCCGAAACUGAAGCAAAAAAUGAAAGACGUCAAGAAUUAAGAAAUGCAAAUUUAUUGGCCUGGAGACAAGGAAAACCCGACUCUUCUGCAUUUAAAAAUCUCGAUUCAAAUAUUAAAAAGAAUACGGGUUUCAUUAAAAAAUGUAAAACUCAGUUAUCAGCAGAAUACCAACAACAAUUAUUGAAGGAUAUCAAAACAUUAACCCUUGAGAAAUAUAUUUCUGAAGUGGUGGCCGCUGUGCUUGAAGGUGCACAAAAGUGUAAAAUGACAGCAGAUGUUUGGGUCGCUGUAGAAGUGAUUUCCGCUUUACAUCAGCGAUUUCCAGAUACAUUUACUCCAUUUUUGACUCAUACAUUAGCUCGUUCCCUUGCUCCUCCAAAUAAUAAACAACUCGCAGCUCUAAGUCCUGAACAACGCGAAAAAGAAGAGUCGACACGAAAUAUAAAGCAGCGUAUUUUGCUAAGAAUCGCAGGCGAAUUAUGGUUGACAGGUGUUCUUAGAAAUGUUGAAGAUGGAAUUGCGGCGCUAAAUAGUGGGGGCGCGGCAGUUGGAGCCGGAAGCGUGAAUGGUGUCAAAGAUAAUGUUGCCGGGUUCGUUAGCAGCCCGAUCAAAGAGUUGAAAGAAAUCAAAGAGACUAAGUCCUCCGGAGAAGGUUUCAUGUAUUCUGUGUUGAAAGAUUUGUUAUCUCAUGACAACAAACAUGUCAACUUACCGUUGGCAGUAUCCUUCGUCAAAUACUUUGGCGCGGAAAUGCUCGGUGCGGCCGGUCGUAAAAGUCAUCGCGAGGAAACUGUUAAACAUGGGGAAGAUGCUGCUGUGCCUCCAGUCUCAAACGGUAAACGUGAAAUUUCGGCCCAUGAAGAUGGAAAAGAAAACAAAAACACUGGCGAAGAACCAAUUGUUAAUGAUUCUCAACGAGCACUCUUCAGAGCUUUAUUGGUCGAUUAUUUCCAUGGUGUAGAAAAACAUUUGAUUAAAGACCAUCAGAAUAUUAAGGCAUUAGACCGAAACAAUCACGAGUAUUAUAUCACUCGAGGAGAGGUUCCAGAAGAGACAAAACAAAAUUACGAAAAAGUUGUGAAAGCAUUCGAAAAGUUUUUACAAAAUGCCCAAUUUUUAUCGGAGGCUUUGGAUCUUGAGAUGCCAGAUUUGCCUGAGGAUGAUGGCACAACGAAAAUUGGGGGUACAAUUAUACGUGAUAAAUCUUCUACAAAUGAAAAAGAGGAUAACUUUACCAACAGCGUCUGGGAAGAUGAUGAUGCACGUAGUUUCUACGAAAAUCUUAUAGAUCUCAAAACGUUGGUUCCUGGUGUUCUUCUUGAAAUCAAGUCCUGUAGCAAAAAGGAUGAUUUAGAGAUGGAAAAAGAUGAAUCCGUAAAUUCACUUGAUAAGGAGGAUAAAGAGGAUGAGGAAAAGGCUGGUGAGGAUAAUCAGUCGAGUGACGAAAAAAGUAAAAAUGAUGAUGAUAAGGGAAUUGAUCAAGAGGUUGAUGGAAAAGAUCCCAUUAACAAAGAUAUAGAUACAAAGGAAGUGACCAAGGAAAAAGAUCAAACAGAUGCUCAGACAUCAAAAAAGGAUAGCGAAACAGCUAACAAAACUGGCACUUUGGCUCAGCUUGAUUCUUUGUUGUCGCGUCUUCCUAACAUGGUUAAUCGUGAUCUCAUUGAUCGAGCAGCAGUUGAUUUUUGUUAUUUGAAUUCCAAAGCAUCUAGAAAGAAAUUGAUAAAGGUUUUAGUUGGAGUACCUCGAACAAGGCUUGAACUUCUUCCUUAUUAUUCGCGCUUAAUUGCAACUCUUAAUCCACAUUAUCCAGAUAUUACAGAGAUAGUUUUGCAUGAGUUGGAAAAUGAAUUCAAAUCGAUGCAAAGAAAGAAAACGAAUGAUUUUCUUGAAAUAAAAAUAAAGAAUAUUCGAUUCAUUUCUGAAUUAACAAAAUUCAGAAUCACUCCGCAGCACAUAAUUUUCCAUUGCCUUAAAGUGUUGCUUGAUGAUUUUGCGAACCAAAAUAUCGAUGUUGCUUGUAAUUUACUGGAAACAUGCGGAAGAUUUUUAUUCAAAAGUCCUGAAACAAGCUUGGAUAUUAUGAUGAGGAAGAAAAACGUUCAACAUCUUGAUAAUCGUCAUCUCUUGAUGAUUGAGAACGCGUAUUAUCAGUGUAAUCCUCCCGAUCGAACAGCGAUCGUUCAAAAAGAGCGAUCAGUUAUGGAACAAUACAUUCGUAAGCUGAUUUACUCCGAUCUCAACAAAAAAACUGUUGAGAAAAUUCUUAAACUGCUUCGAAAGUUGGAUUGGGAAGAUAAAGAAGUAUACAAAGUUUUAGAAAAAUGUUUUUCCAAAGUGUGGAAGAUCAAAUAUAGCAAUAUACAUUUAAUGGCCGUUCUGGCUUCAGGCUUGAAUCGUUAUCAUUCUGAUUUUGGGGUAACAUUAGUUGACAGAGUUAUCGAGGAUAUCAGGAUUGGUUUAGAACAAAACAUUUUUAAGCAUAACCAGCGUCGUAUUGCUACUGUUAAAUACCUAGGAGAACUUUAUAAUUAUCGGAUGGUAGAUUCUCCUGUUAUUUUUGAUACCCUUUAUUCCAUCGUCACUUUGGGUCAUGAAUUUGGUCGCCCUGCUCCAAAUCGUAUUAAUUAUUUGGAUGCUUCAAAUGACUUCUUUCGCAUCCGUUUAUGUUGUACUUUACUCGAUACCUGUGGUAUAUGUUUUGAUCGAGGAGUCUCUAAAAAGCGUUUGGAUGAUUUUUUAGUUUUCUUCCAGAUGUAUAUCCUUACGAAGCAAAGACCUUCUAUGGAUAUUGAAUUUCUGAUUGCUGAUUUAUUUGAGAUGUUAAGGCCAAAUAUGACAAUAUAUAAGACGUACGAAGAAGCUGCCGAAGUAGUAGAUAAAAUGCUUAUAGAAAAUCAAAAGGCACUACAAGAUGCUCGAGGGGCUCAGGAUGAUGGUAUGGAAGAAAGUGAAAUGUCAUCUACAGAUGAUGAUGACGACUACGAAGUUCAGGAUGAUGAAAUAGAUGGGAGACUUGGCGACGCGGAAGGAUCUGAAGAGGCUGAAACUGAUGAAGUUAAUGAAGUAGAGGGAGAUGAUGAGCUUGUUGUUCAUACUAAUAGACAGGAAAAAAUUUCUACCGAAGAUGACGAGGAAUUCGAAAGAGAAUUCAGUAAAAUGAUGACCGAGAGUAUGGAAUCCCGUAAAUAUGAACGCAAACCCGCUAUGUUAGAUGUUGCGAUACCUAUGAAUCUAAAAGGUGGUGACAAAGCUUCAGACUUUUUGGAUGGUAGUGUUGCGUUUACAUUAUUAACAAAGAAAGGAAACAAACAACAAAUGAAAACAAUGGAAGUUCCUUCGGAUAGUGCUUUAGCCGUCAAUACACUCUCUAAACAAGAAGCUGAGCGUGAAGAACAACAACAGCUUAAGAAGUUGGUAUUAAAUUACGAGGAGAGAGAAGAGCAAAGCCAACGUAUUGCUCUUGAGCAAUCUUUAAUUAACAGUGGAAUGAAGGUUUCCUAUCAAACUGGUAACCGUCGUCCUAGUCAGAGAGGUCGUAGAAUGUUGCAUCAUCAUGGCGGAGGUGGAGGCUUUGCCUAUUCCAAUGAUAGGUGA